CACAUGCCAGAUCUAGGACGGUUCUCCGCCUGGGUCGAAGCCGGCGAGCGUAAACUCCCGGAAUACCAAGUACAACAUCAUACAUGCAGGAAAGCUAGCCGCUGUUGGAUACACUCCGAGGCGGGCCAGGACUUCGCGGUUUGCUACGGAGACGCUGAACCGAGCGCGACGUACGGCAUCAAGGGCAUUCUGCUUAUCGACGGCAAGGAGAUGGCUCAGGCCGAGUGCGUUAAUAUACCGCCGCUUCGGCGCACAGAUGCUGGCCCCUCGAUACUUCUACAGCGCCGGAUCGCAAGCGUCCGGGAGCGGCCUACAGUGAGAAGGUGUUUACGGUUCUCCAGGAUCUCUGCAUGCGGAACCGCCUUAGAUGACAGCACCGACCCGAUCGACUCGCCGGGUAAGGAUACGGGCAGCAUCGUUCUAUAUCUCUGGAAGGCAACAUUCAAGCACGUCCCCGAAGCACCAAAGUAUCCCAUGUACCUUGUAUCUCGCAGAACGAGCUCGAGAGGAAGUCAUACCAACCCGUUCCACGUCGCAUCCUUCGGUUCCCCACGAGAACGGCAACCUGGAAAAUCGCACGGCAUCACGUUAAUGGGCGCCGAGCCGCUGGCUACAUUCGUAUUCGUCUACCGGCCGCUGAUUACGCUCUGCGCCAUGGGGAUCGUUUUUCCAUUGUCAUUCUCCGACGCAUCCACCGCAAGCACGAAAGAGAAUUACGGUCACACCAUACAGUCGCCUCCCAUGAAUAGAACAAAAGCUGCGACAGCGCCCUCAAGAAGCAAGAAGAGCAGGCCGCGGCCUAAACUCAGCACUAGACUCAGGGCAAGGAAGUCGCCGCAGAAACUGGCUUCGUGAGUCUCUUAGAUUAUAGUUAUAACUUAUGCAUCUGCAUGCUGCCAAACGAACGCGGUCGACG